AUGCAAUCCACCACCUCCAACACCAAGCACAACCACAUCCGCUCUCACCUCCCCCUUCCUUCCAACACCAACACUACAUCAACGGCGGAAACCAAAAUUGACACCCUCUACCACGAAACCCUUGGCACCGGUCCCCCUCUCCUCCUCAUCCCCGGCGCUCACAGCACCGGCCUCAUCUACACCAACCUGGCGCAACAACUAUCCCGGUACUUCCGAGUAACCCUUUACGACCUCCGGGGCUUCGCCCGAAGCUUCAGCUCCUCCUCUGUCCGAACCACCCUCCAAACACACAUUGACGACGCAAAGACCCUAAUCCACCACAUCACCGCCUCCCCCACACCCGAUCCCAAGAAGCCGAACAAGAAAAGGUACAGAAGCAUCCACAUCUUCUCCUCCUCCUCCAGCGCUUCCAUCGCCCUCUCCCUGCUGAAGAACCCCGACAUCCACAUCAAAAACCUCAUCCUCCACGAACCCGUCCUCCCCACCCUCCUCCCGCGUCCAUAUCUCACGCACAUCCAAACCCAACUCCAACUCCACGUCUUCUCGCCCGCGCGUCCCUGCAUGGCAGAGAUAAACCGACAUUUAGUGUCUAUGACGCAAACGAGAGAAGGAUGGGAGGAUUUUAAGCGUACGGAUGCGUAUAAAGCAAUCGAGAGGUUUCCGGGGGAUUAUUCGUUGGGGUUUUUUGGGGAUGUUUUGCCGGAUGUGCUGGAGUGGGAGGUGGAUGUGGGAAUGGUGAGGGAGUGGAUGGGUGGGGAGGGGCAUGGCGGAGGAGGGAAAUUGGCAUUGGGCUGUACGGGAGCAGGCUAUGAUAGUCUACUGGAUAGUUAG